GACAGAGAGCAGUGAGGAACCAACCCUAGCAUUUCGAAUCUCGAGCUGAGUUUCUUGUGGAUCGGAAUCAUCAGUAGCUCCGUAUAGAGCGAUGUCUAGCCUGAGAAGAGCCCUGCUCGUUGCAGGGAAGACGAGGAUCAACCUCGAGAACUGCCAUUUCAUCACGGGAAUCAACUACAACGGACUGAGCGUGAAGCAAUUACAAGAGCUCCGUGGGAUCCUCCGUGAAAACACAAACACGAAGCUCCUCGUGGCCAAGAACACCUUGGUGUACAAAGCCUUAGAAGGAACCAAAUGGGAAUCUCUGAAGCCAUGUAUGAAGGGUAUGAACGCUUGGCUCUUCGUUCAGUCUGAAGAUAUCCCUGCUGCGUUGAAGACCUUCAUCAAUUUCCAGAAAGAGAAGAAGCUCUUCGAUAACAACUUAGGCGGUGCCGUUUUCGAGGAGAAAUUGUACGCUCCCCAAGAUUACAAGGUCAUUGAGACUAUGCCAUCUCGCUCCGAUGUUUAUGGUAUGAUGCUCAGUUCUUUGCAUUGGCCGGCUUUAGAUCUCGUCAAUACGCUGCAGGAACCUACACCAACGGCGACAGAGAAUGAGACUGUUGCUUAGAGGAACUUUCCCAGUUUCUUAGAUCGAAAAAUUGCUUCAGCUGUCAGUCUAUUUUGUGUUUGUGCUUCCAGAUUAAACAUAAUAUUAUUGGAAUUCUCACUACCAAUUUGUUGCGGAUUACUCCAUUUUGAUUUUGAGCUUCGAUUUCAGAAUCAGUGUUUCUGGUUUUUUUGUUGGAGUGCAUUGAGCUUUGCUUAUCAUAUUCUGUUGUCUUCUAAGAAGAAUAAUGGUGAAAUAACAUCACUUGUUUGUGGA